AUGAGUAAGACUGCAGAAUCAGCAAUUGGGGGAGUGAGUGAGCCCAGGACACCUACUGCCGAAGAUCAGGCCAUCCUUGAUGAGGUGAAAGAACCGUACGAGAAGCAGUCUGGGACAAACCCCAAGGAAUUUAAGGCAGUCCUCGUCGGUACUCAGGUUGUUGCUGGAACAAAUUACUCUUUCAAGGAGGACCCUGGAGAGGACACUUUUAUCCACGUUAGAGUCUUCGUACCUCUGCCUGGUACAGGGGAGAAAUCGACUUUGGUGCCUUUCCAGCUGGAUAAGAAAAAGGACGAUGAACUGGAAUAUUUCUAG